AUGGUGACUGAGGCGUCUAUGUCGGUGAUUGGUGAAUCGGCUAGGGAUGGCUUCAUAAGAGCAAAAAUUAAAUCUAGGAGCAUCAUGCCCUCAUUCGAAACGAAAAAAGAUUAUAAGGAUCUUCCACCACUAUUAAUGAUAAAAAUCAGGAUUAGUAAAGAAGAAGGAAUAGUACAAACUCAAAUGUUCGCUAAAGCGAUAUUGAAUAACAAAGGGGAUAGUGGUAUGAGUACAACGGUUCAUCCAGUAGAAGAUGGUUUCGCAGCGUACUCAACAGCACUUAGUGUAACAAUAGCCAUAGGAUGUUCUCUUCUUAUUCUCAACGUCCUAAUUUUUGCUGGAGUUUACUAUCAACGAGAUAAGACAAGAAUGAACGAAAACGGAGGACAUCUAUCAAAGAAACGAAACGAAAACGGCCAAAUGCCUAACAAUAUCUGCGGCGACUUAGAAAGCAGUAUUAUUGGUGUUAAAAGCGACCCAGCAACAAUCCUUGGCCAUCACCAUUCACACCAUCAGCUUCCCCCGCCGGAGUUUGCGGAUUUACCUCAAAACAACGCUACUCUUCCUAGACCACCUCCUCCUCCAAAGUUGUCAAAAGCCAACGUGAAUACAUUAUCAGCUCAUGGGCACCAUCAAAUGCCCGAAAAUCAGCCACUGCUGUCGACGCACAGCAUACAGCUUAUUAACACCGGUACUCUUACGAAAAAGAAUACCCAAAUGAACUCUAAACAUAACAUUAAAAUGGAGGAAUUGAGGGUGUGACGGCGCUACGUGCACUAAAAUUAUGUGCAAUAACUUUUGCUCAAACAUUGGUUAUUUUUUGAACAAAAAGUGGUCUUCUAAAAUUUGCACGGUAUACAAAAGUAUUGUGUUAUAUCCUAAGAUAUAGUAGUAGAACAAUAAAAUAACUUAAAAGAUCUCAUUAACAAGUUAAGUUAAAAGUACUACAAAAUCAGAGUCAAUAGCUUCAUGUAGUAAGAACAAAUCUGAUAAACACACACUAUUUUAUUAAAAAAUCCUGAAUGGUCUGUAACACAACCAGAUUAUUGCUUUUAACGUUUAAGCAAAAAAUUAUAUUUCUU